AUGAUUGACGAAACAACCGGCCUGAGCACGUCUUUCUCCCGGUCUCCGAGAUCAAAGCCAAAAAGGCCACCUCUGCUGGUGAGUUCGUGCUCUGUCGCACAUUCUCAUGAUUCUGGGUCUUCACGGGAAUGCGACUCCUAUGCACGUUGUGUGUUCAGAAGCGUCAGACGGUCGACGAGGACGCGAUGUCACGAACAAGUUGGGGAAUGGGCGACAACAGGCCGACCAAGGAUCGAGUGGGUCUUCGGCAUCCUCUCUUAGCACUUCCCUCAAAACUCGCAUGAUAGCAAUCCCGUGGUUUCAAAAAAUUUACAUUUCUCAUAAUAACAAUCAGUAUUGUUGAUUCACAAAAACUCACUGCUGUUUUUCAAUGGCCAGAGAUGAAAAUUAAAAUUUCCUUCCUCAAAAAGCCCAAACUUUUUUUUUAGUACAAGCGUAACGCCAAGUGUUGCGAAAUCGCGUUUUUUUUUAGCGUUAUCGAAUAAAGUGAGUUUUUGUGAACAGACAAGCACGACUAGCUUAUUUAUUUGUACAGUUUUUUUGGUCAAAAAAAGUAUAGUAUAGAGACUCUUUCGAAAUUAUUUUGCAAAAUGUUGCAAAAAAGGGAUAUUUUUAUGGUCUCCAUGGAUCCUACAGUCCUCUUUCAUGAAAAAAAGCCUUCAUAAAUCAAAUAGGUUGAAUUUUUUUGAUUAUGUUCUCAACUUUUAACUUUUACUUAUUCGUCGCGAUCUACAAUUUUUUCCUUUUUUUUUGCAAUCCCCACUCAGUCUAACAUUCCAUAAACUUUGUGUCACUGGUCAAUCUAAAAUAGUUUGGCGUAUGCUUCCGGGUAGUUAUAUUUUUCAGCGUUUACUAAUGUCUUGACACGGUUUACAAGAACACUCUUGCUAGAAAAACGACCACCGACUAGCCACCCGGUAGCAAUCGCAAACCUCAGCUGGAAUAAUGAUAGUAUCCAGAUGUCAGCCUAUCUGCCCCGGACAUUUUCAAAGCCCGGCCCGGUCAUAGGGAGGCCUCAAACACAAAUGGCCGGCUAAUUGUUUCAUUUAGCGUUUAACAGAAACUACUAUCAAACAAGUAAAAAUAUAUUUUCGGUAAAAUUUGUUUUUAAUGAAACUGAAAAUUUGUUUCGAAGCCUGGCUCGGCCCAGGCCCGGCCCAAGCCCGCACAGGCUUUUUCUCAAAAAUGAGACUUAAAGCCCGGGCCGCCCAGCCUGAUGCACAAGCCUGGUAUCUUGGUACUGUAGAGAAAGAACGCGGUAGCUAAUAAACUACCACCUGUUUGUAUCCUCCUUCCAACUGACCUUUUGUUUUGACACCAAAUGUCACUGAGAAGAAUUAAGGAAAAAUUUCCUAAAAAAAAUUUCUUUUAUUUUUCAGGAAUGGAGUUCGCUAUCAAACUUGAAAACGGAAAUGAAAAGUAAGUUUGACUCCAUUGGAGAGCGGCUGGUCGUCGUCGACCAAAUCAACUCAAGGCUGCAAAAUCUUGAACGAAUGUUGAUGAACAUCUCGAUGCAGCAACAUGGAGGUGAUACAGUCCCUCUGAACAGUUCUGAGACUUUCUCAGCCACGACGCCUUCUACAGUUCCCCUUGGGUCUCUCAACGCACUGAACGAGUCCAACGGAAUGGCUCGACUAGGCAUCGACAGCGUUCCUGUUUCGCGAAGCGUUUCUUGGAGUGAGCAACAGAACAACUGGCAAAGGUUGGGGUUUCUUUUUGGCUAAUUUGAAGCUUCCUUUGAAGGCCGGUUCCGCCUCUGACCGACCUGGGAAACAUGGAUUGGCAGCAGCGGCCGCAGACUUCGUCUCCUCCGCCUGUUCCUUCCAUCCACAUUGACGACGAAGUCACUCAAUCUUCUUCGAGACCUCCAGAUCGAACCCGAAUAUAA